UCUCGAUGUCAUUUAAGGAAAAUUUUCAUCCAAAAUUACUCCAUUCUCGUCUCGAUUUCCGGCUGAAAUUAUAACUCAGAGCUUUCCAGUUUGAAAUGCCCGUCGGGCGGCCUAAUCCCAAUCUCCUUAUGUAAAUGCGUUACCUUCGUCAUUGCAUCGGCGAGAAGUGAAAUGGUUUUGGCGAAGAGAAGAUUUCGGUUGCUGCUAUAAAUGAGGUGUUUUCCCUGUUUCAGCCCUCGCCGGAGGGGAAUCGACGGUAGGAUUGAAGACGCCCCUCGCUCCGAUUCUACUUCGGGAGUAGCGGUCGAUGCUUCUUCAGGGAAUGAGAAGAAUGCGUCAUAUCAAGAGAGCGGGAGGAGAGAAUCCGCGAAAAAGUUCGCCUUUAAGGAUCUCGCCAUGGCCUGCCAGAACUUUCAAAAGACCAGUGUAAUCGGUGAAGGGGGUUUCGGUAGGGUUUACAAAGGGCGACUUGAUACAGGCCAGAUGGUGGCCAUCAAGCAGCUUGACCAUGACGGUGCGCAGGGAAGUAAAGAAUUCCUGGUGGAGGUUCUGAUGCUGGUGGUGUUGCGGCAUCCGAACCUUGUGAGUUUGGUAGGGUAUUGUGCUGAGGGAGGUGAGCGACUGUUAGUUUACGAGUACAUGCCUAAAGGAAGCUUGGAGGAUCACUUAUUCAAUGUAUCACCAGAGAGACCACCUCUCGACUGGAAUGCGCGAAUGAAGAUUGCUCUUGGAGUUGCAAAAGGGCUCACAUACUUGCAUAAUGUUGCAAACCCACCUGUUAUUUACCGAGACAUGAAGGCUGCAAAUAUAUUGUUGGAUAACGACUUCAACCCGAAGCUCUCUGAUUUUGGGCUUGCAAAACUAGGACCCGUUGGCGACGAUACACAUGUUUCGACAAGAGUAAUGGGAACAUACGGCUACUGUGCCCCUGACUAUGCCAUGACUGGUAAGCUCACUCUGAAAUCUGAUGUUUACAGUUUCGGUGUGCUGCUUCUGGAGCUGAUAACAGGACGACGAGCUUUUGACCCUUUGAGGCCUUAUGCACAGCGGAACUUGACACUUUGGGUGCAUCCCUUUCUCAACCACAGGAAGACAAUUUUGCGGCUGGCUGAUCCAUAUCUCCGACACUGCUUUCCUCCACAGGCAUUCCAACAGUUGGUUUACAUAAGCUCAAUGUGUCUGAAGGAGCAGGCUCAUGUUCGGCCGACCAUGACCGAUGUUGUGGCUACCCUAGACGUUGUAGCAUCCCAGCCUUAUGCUCCGGAACCUGCCUUCAUGUUCACAGACAGAGCUCCAUCUUUGAAUCUAAGACAAAAGGGCUAACAAAGACCAAUCACGAGGUAAAAAAGGAUGAUUCCAUAUAGAAGAAUUGUUUGUAGAUUGGACAAUGAAAUAAAACAAAUAUUUAUCAUUAAAUUACUGGCAGUAUUCACCUCUACCAAAUUCAAGAUGUUAAAAUGUCCCACGGAGCAUGGUUUAAAUACAUUUCUUGUAGAGUUUUA